CCGGUGUACCGUGUCAGUAACAUGAGUAGCAAGGUGGUGCUGUUGCUGCUGGUGCUUUGCGUCAGGUCGACAUCUUCGCGCACCGCGAAACUAGAGAUUGUCAGCAUGGUCUUCCGACAUGGAGAUCGAUCACCGGUCGGCGCAUUUCCCACCGAUCCGUACCAAAAGUCCUACUGGCCUCAAGGCUUUGGUCAGUUGACGCAGUUAGGAAUGAGGCAGCACUACCAGUUGGGUCAGUAUUUGAGACGUCGUUACAUGACACCUGGGAAUGAAACAUACUUGUUGAAUGGAACGUAUUCCAGAGACGAGGUGUUCAUCAGAAGUACAGACACUGAUCGUACAUUAAUGAGUGUGGAGAGUCUAAUGGCAGCCUUUUAUAAACCAGUGGAAAGGCAGGUUUUUCUCAAGAACCUGAUGUGGCAACCAGUUCCUGUUCAUACUGUUUCUACAACUGACGACAUUCUACUUCGACCAUACAGUGUGAAUUGUUCUCGAUAUGAACAACUACUGAAAGCACACGAAAAGGAUGACGACUGGAUACAAAUAAUGAAAGACAACAAUAAGUUGCUUGAGUCAGUGAAAGCUCACACUGGAGUCGCAUUCAACUUGACUCCAGCCAAUUCGUUUCGUAUCUGGGAUCCAAUCUUUUGUCAGCUACAACAUGGUUUGAGUUUGCCACAAUGGUGUUCAAAAGAAACAUUACAUACCCUUCAGAAGAUUGGUGAAUUUGGAGUUUCUAAGGCAUUUAUGGGAAGAGAAGAGAAAAAGUUGAUGUCUGGUGUCUUUAUUAAUGAACUCGUGAGAAGUUUGCAAGAGAAAAGGAAUGGCAAAGCUAAGUAUAAGAAAUUGUCUGUUUUCUCAGCUCAUGAUCUUACAGUUGCAGCAGUACUGAGUGGUCUAGGAGUGUACGAUAAAACUCUACCACCAUAUGCAUCAGUAGUCUUAAUUGAGCUGUAUUCUCAAAGAAGGGACUAUUUUGUGAAGAUUUUCUAUCACAAGGGACCAUCUGCUGAGGAAAAUGUUGCACUUCAGCUUUUGAAAGUUCCACACUGCUCAGAUCCUUGUUCUCUUGAUCAAUUUAUAGAGCUUAUGUCACCUAUGAUGCUCACUGCACAGGACUUUCAUAUUCAGUGUAAAAAUAUUAAUGUCAAGGAAAUUACUACACUUGGCCAUACUGUUGCACCGGGAGUUGCUGUCGUGGGACUAGCAGUUAUGGUUAUCUUCAUCGGACUUCUAUUGGGGUGCUUACAGAUGCGUAAGAAUCAACAACUUAGACACACCUAUCUUGAUGACAAUGAAGUCUCCACAAAGCUGAACAAGGACUUUUCAGAACAACAAGCAUAUAUGGUGAGUAGAAUUAAUUGUGUUGCAUUUAAAUCAGUGAAUUUGUUCGAGAGUUGUUUGUGUCAAUUUAUGGAGGCGGAAGGCAUAGGAACUCCGAGCGACAACAUGACUGGAGGUAUGACACUUACACGAUUUAUUUUAGUUUUCCUUCCUUCUCUUUGCAUAUCAAUAAAAUUGGAGCUUGUUAGCAUGGUAUUUCGUCACGGAGAUCGUUCACCUGUCGUAACGUUUCCGUCAGAUCCAUACCAAGAGUCCCACUGGCCGCAAGGCUUUGGACAGCUUACCCAAUUAGGGAUGAGACAACAGUACUAUUUGGGAAAGUAUUUGAGACAUCGCUACAUGACGUUUGGAAGUGAUACUUAUCUGUUGAAUGGAACGUAUUCGAGAGAUGAAGUAACCAUACGAAGCACAGAUGUCGAUCGCACACUGAUGAGCGUCGAGAGUCAAAUGGCAGCAUUCUACAAACCAGUAGGGAAACAGGAAUUCUUGAAGAACUUAUCUUGGCAACCAGUUCCUAUCCACACAGUUCCUGUGUCAGAAGAUAGUCUCUUACGAGCAUACAGUAUGGACUGCCCACGAUACAAACAGCUGAAAGCAGAAAAGCGUAACGAUGAUGAUUGGCUUCAAAUAAUGAGAGAGAAUAAACAACUGCUAAAGUCGGUGCAGUCAUACACUGGUGUUGACUACAGCAUAGAUCCAGACAACGUGUAUGAAAUAGUUGAUCCACUCUUUUGUGAGUUGCAACAUGGCCUGAAGUUACCUGCCUGGUGUACCAACACAACAUUUGCAGUUUUAAAAAAUAUGUCAACAUUUGGCGUAUUCAAGAUGUUCGAAGGGAGAGAAAUCAACAGACUGACUUCAGGUGUUUUUAUCAAUCAUAUCAUAACUGACAUGCAGGAGAAAAGAGAAAGCAAGAAAAGUCACACCAAGAAGCUCUUGGUUUAUUCUGCACAUGACACAACUGUGGCUGCCAUUUUAAGUGGUCUUGGUGUCUAUGACAAAGAGAUACCUCCAUAUGCUUCUAUUGUCAUGAUAGAAUUGUAUUCUGACAAUGGAAAGUACUUUGUGAAAGUUUUCUAUCACAAGGGACCGUCCGCCAAGCUUGAUGACUUGCCUCAACUAUUGCCUAUUCCACAAUGUUUGCAAGAAUGUCCGUUGGACAAAUUUGUCAAGCUUAUGGAUCCUAUUACUCUUAGUGAAGAAGAGUUUCUUCAUGAGUGCAGGAUCGUCACAAAUGAUUCCAGUACACUUGGAAAGGGAACAAUUGCUGGAAUUGCUGUUCUAGUAGUGGUUCUUGUCAUUAUACUUAUUGGCUUGGCUUUGUGGUGCACUCGCAGGUCUUUUAGAGCAAAGAGGAAAUAUUCUUUUGUCGACAAACGAUCAGAGCAGGAUGAUUCAAUGUCAGAUGGAUAAGUGAAAUUUGUUAUACGUCACAUUUUAGUUUGUUUUCAGUAGUCGUGUUCAAAGUGUCUGCUCAGUAUACUCUUAAUCGCAAAGUUGAUAUAGUUAUCAAUAAACAACUUAACUUAAACAGUCAUUAUGAGUACGCACAUAUUGUACUGUAGUGUGACUGUCAGUUUGAAGUUAUGUUUUGUCAUUUUUGUCAUUUUGGUACCAGGACUAGUAAAACCAUUGAUAGUAGCUGCUCAUCUUACUCUUGCCAUAUUAGGUAGUGACUUUCUCUGUUGUGAGCAUUGGUUACCUAGAUAAA